AUGUCUGUGCCUUCUUUGACUGAUUCACAAGUCGAUUACGUCUUUGCUGAGAACGGGACAGUGCAGUAUAAGGACAGGAAGCUCCUCUCCAAACAGGCGAUUCAGGACCAGUUGGGGGAGGAGCUGCUUCAGGACCUCAUUAACUUCUGCCUGAGUUACAUGGCUCUGCUGAAACUGCCCAAAAAGAGGGGCACUUUUAUCGAAUUCCGGAAUGGAAUGCUGAACAUCUCCCCGAUUGGUCGGAGCUGCACCUUCGAAGAGCGAAUUGAAUUCUCAUUAAUUGACAAGAAAGAGAAAAUUCGAGAGAAAUUUGUCGCCGCCCUGCGGGAGGAAUUCGCUGGGAAAGGGCUGUGUUUCACCAGGGGAGGACUGAUUAGCUUUGAUAUCUUCCCAGAAGGGUGGGAUAAAAGAUACUGCCUUGAUAUCCUGGAAACAGAAGGACUGGAGAGCAUUUAUUUCUUUGGAAACGAGACUUCACCGGUGAGGACGGGCUGGGAGGGAAGCAGCCUGAACCCUAGGGGCGGUGACGGGAAGCAAGUGUGGACUCUAGCUGAGCUCUUCACCGUGGGAAUGGAGGGAAGCAGCGUGGCUUAG